AUGCAGGUCCACGUUUUGCAGGGCAGGAGGCAGUUGAGGGUGAUCCCGGGGAAAGCGGUGAGGGACUUCAUCAACAUGGGGGUUGGCUCCGGCCGGGUCUCCUGCCGGAAGGUCUUCUACUCCCUGCUGUUGCUGCUGCUCUUGCUCCGCUUCUCCUUGUUCUUCAUGGCCAGCGAUACCAUCGAGGGCGACGCCGUUUGCUCCACCGUAGGUAAGAGACGAAGGGCUUUCACCGUUUAAUUCUCGCGUUUGACUGUGGAUAUCAGAUCCUGUUUUCUUCCAUCGCCUCGUCCGAUUUCGCCCCUAAAUCGCAAAGAGAGCUGGUUCGUGUUCUUCGCCUGUUUCCCUAGUCGCCUCCGAGGUGAAAGCUCGGGAAGCUCCAAAGACGGGCAAGCCGGUGAUGGCAGCCCCACGGUGACCGAUUCAAUAUUCCUGAGGCGGGUCUCCAUUUUCUUAAAGCAUUGUAGCUUUCGAUCUCAACGUCGCGUAUUCGUGAGCGCGUAAAACCUCAUCUCCCGGGCCUUUCAAGUUCGGUAACCGUUCGUCAUCAGCGGCUUAGAAACUUUUCUCGUUUAUAUGCAUACAAAAUCAGAAAAACCUAGCUUUAUACAGAUUACUCUGAUGAUGGCAACAGACCAUUGUCUCGGACCCCCACCUAGCUGAGGUCCAACUUGGUCGUACAUACGUACAUUUCUAGAGAGAGAGAGAGAGAAUUGGUGGUAGGAAGGGUUGCUAUCUGAGUGGUUGAACUGAGAGAGUCAUGUGAUUAUAAGUAAGCGAGCUUUGCCCUGGAUGGCUGGGCCAGGCCGCCGACUCGCCGUGGUCAUUGGCGCCGCCAAGGUAUACCAUAAAUACUCGAACUUUGGAAGUACCCAUGUAGAAAUAUUAAUCUGAAUUCAAUAUCUAGACGUUCCUCUCGUUUGAAACGUCUUGGCACGUCUGGGCCAUGCAUUUCGGCAAUAGGGCUGCGGUCAAUUUGUCGUCUUUGAACCUGUCAAAGUUUCGCCUUCCUUCCAGGUUGCGUGGGAGAGAGGCUAGCGCCGAAGCUGUGGGGAAGGCGGCUGGAGUCAACGGUAAUAUCUGAAGAUCACCUUCUUCUUCUUCGCCCUGAAUCUCGUAGCACUGAAGCUUUCUUCUGCUUUCCUGUUUGGGAAGAUUGUGGAAGAAAUAUGCCGGGCCUUGGAAGAGGAGGGGAGCUCGGAGGUGGAGAAGGAGGCGGGAGCGGCGGAGUCGAUGGAGGAGUUCGCUAGGGAGAUGAAGAGCAGCAACCCCGACGUCAGUACCUUCGCUGUGAAGCUCAAGGCCAUGGUAUGGACUGAUCCUCCUCUCCUUACUGAUCAAGCUUUCGAAGAAGAUACACUAAAUAAUGAAUUGAUCACGAAAAUGAGCAGCCGAUGCGAAAAUCUCAGAGAUGCUGACCUCGCAGUGGAUUAGUGCAACGGACAUACCCAUUAGAGAGAGGGAAAGAGAGAGAGCGAGGGGGAGAGAGAGAGAGAGAGAGAGAGAGAGAGAUGGAGACUGAGGGAGAGAGGGAGAUAGGGGGAGAGAGAAGAGAGAUAGAACGAGAGAGGAGAGUAGAGAGAUAGAGAUAGAGAAAGAGAGAGAUGAGAGAUAGAGAGAGAAGGCGACAAGAGAGAUAGAGAGAGAUAGAGAGAGAGAUAGAGAAAGAGAGCGAAGAGCGAGAAGAGAGAGAGAGAGAGAGAGAGAUAGAGAGGGGGGGAGAUAGAGAGAAAGAGGGGGGGAGAUGGCGAGAUAAUUAGCUGGCCUAUUAGACCGCUGAGCUUCUCAAGACUAACAGUAAUAAAAGAUUCUCUGGGGGGAAGUCAUCAUCAUAGAAUAGUGAGAACUUUCCGGUGCUGUUUUUUCCUUCAGGUCUCUCGUUUAGAACGGAAGGCGCGCACCGCCAAGAUUCAGGGGUACCUCUACCGCCACGUGGCGUCCAGCAGCAUCCCCAAGCAGCUUCACUGCCUUUCUCUGAGCCUGGCCGACGAGUACUCCAGCAACGCCGCCGCCCGCCUCCAGCUCCCGCCGCCGGAGCGGGUGCCGGCGCUUGUCGACAACGGCUACCGCCACUUUGUCCUGGCCUCCGACAACGUCCUGGCGGCGGCGGUGGUGGCCACCUCCCUCGUCCGAAGCUCGGUCAACCCCUCCUUGGUUGUCCUCCACGUGGUGACCGACCGGAAGGCCUUCGCCGCCAUGCACGCCUGGUUCUCGCUGCACCCGCCGGAGCCGGCGGUGGUGGAGGUGAAGGAGCUCCACCAGUUUGACUGGUUCGCGAGGGGGAAGGUACCUGUCCUUGAGAUCAUGGAGAAGGAUCGCGCCGCCAGGGCACAAUUUGGCGGCGGGUCGUCGGUGAUAGUCAAAGCCGCCGCCGGAGAGAAGCCCUACGUGGUGGCGGCCAAGUUGCAGACUCUCAACCCCAAAUACUACUCGGUGAUGAAUCAUAUCAGAAUUAAUCUCCCCGAGGUAAGAUUUUGAUGGUGAUGAUGAUCCUCUAUUGAGAAGUCUAGAUACUUCGAGAACCUUGAGAAAGCCAAAGAGGGUCUUCUUCUGCUGCAGCUGUUUCCCAGCCUCAACAAGGUGGUAUUCCUCGACGAUGACGUCGUCAUUCAAGCCGAUCUGUCGCCGCUGUGGGAGAUCGAUCUCCACGGGAAGGUCAACGGCGCGGUGGAGACUUGCAGAGGGGACGACAGCUACGUGAUGUCCAAGAGGCUCAAGAACUAUCUCAACUUCUCCCACCCUCUCAUUUCCAGCACGUUUGACGCCGACCAGUGCGCUUGGGCUUAUGGCAUGAACAUCUUUGACCUGGAGGCUUGGAGGAAGACGAAUAUUACCCGUACAUACAAUCACUGGCUCCAGAAGGUGAUACCCAUCUCUCUCUCUCUCUCUCUCUCUCUCUCUCUCUCUCUCUCUCUCUCUCUCUCUCUCUCUCUCUCUCUCUCUCUCUCUCUCUCUCUCUCUUCUCUCUCUCUCUCUCUUUCUCUCUCUCUCUCUCUUCUCUCUCUCUCUCGCUGUGUAUACAUAUACAACUUCCGUCUUCCCCCCCUCCCUCUCUCUCGCUGUAUACAUACACAACUCCUUCCGUCUCUUACCCUGUCUCCUCUCUCUCUCUCUCUCUGUAUACAUAUACAACUCCUUCUGUCUCUUCCCCUCUCCCUCCCUCGCUCCUGUACCUUCUCUCUCUUUCUCGCUCGGCCCUACUUCCGAAUCAUCCCUUUCUGCGGAUCUCUAACUAUUGUGUGAUAUUCUUCCCUGUAGAAUGUGGAGUCCGACUUGAGCCUGUGGCAGCUGGGGACGCUGCCACCGGGGCUGAUAGCCUUCCACGGCCACGUUCACAUAAUCGACCCCCACUGGCACAUGCUGGGACUUGGGUACCAGGAGAAGACGAGCUUGGAGGACGUGGAGUCGGCGGCGGUGAUCCAUUUCAACGGCCGAGCUAAGCCCUGGCUGGACAUUGCCUUCCCGAAUCUGCAGAGGCUUUGGACAAAGCACGUCAACUUCUCCGACAGAUUCAUCAGGGCCUGCGAUAUCAGAGCCACCUGA